UUCAUAUUUCUCUCUCCUUCGUCUUCUUGUAAAGUAUUUAUAUUUCAAUAGAGUUCAAUUGCUUUCUAACCGUCGUUGACUAUACGUACCGUUCGUUGUUUUCCUAGGACCCUCCUUGACCAAAUCAGACGUCCCCGAAUUUAUACCGAGAUCAGGGCAGCUUGGCGAUCUUUCUCUCUUUUACAAUCCUGCAAUCCUGAAUCGCCCGACCUUCCUCGCGACAGCUUGACAUCCCACCACACUCACAGGUCGCCUAUUCUCAAACCAUCUCCUCGACAAUCGAUCGAUCGAGCUCGAACAUCGGUUGCGCAAACCCACAGAAUCCCCCAAAACCAACACGCCGUCGAAGCUAAAGACCUACGAUCGCACCAUCACACCUAACCACCGAACCAAACCCAACAACCCCUCCAAACGCGACAACCCACACAAAAACCACCACAAUGACCGGCCCGUCCCAAUCCCCCAUCCCCAUAACCAUCAUAACCGGCUUCCUCGGCUCCGGCAAAACCACUCUUAUCCUGAACCUCCUCCCCCAACUCCGCGCCGCCAACCCCUCGUACCGGCUCGCCCUCCUCAAGAACGAAUUCGGCGACCUCGCCGUCGAUUCUCAGUUAGCCUCCUCCUCGGCGAUCGCCGGCGUCUCCGAGCUUCUCAACGGCUGCAUCUGCUGCAACCUCGUCGGCCAACUAUCCGUCGCCCUUUCCGAGCUGCAGUCCACCGUUUCGCCCGAUCGAAUCGUCAUCGAGACUUCCGGGUCUGCGUUUCCCGCGACGCUGGCGCUCGAAGUAAACAGGCUUACCCGCGAAACGGGCGGGGCAUAUGUGCUUGAUGGCGUGGUGAGUGUGAUCGAUGUGGAGAACUGGAAGGGGUAUGAGGAUACCAGCUAUACGGCGCGGAUCCAGGCGCGGUAUACGGAUUUGAUUGUGUUUAAUAAGUGGGAGGGGCAAGGGGAGAGGAGGUUUGAUGAGGUUUUGGAUCGGGUGGGCGAUUUGGAGGUGGAUACGGCGUGGGUGAAGAGUGAUAGGGGGUGGGUGGAUAUGAAUGUGGUGUUUGGGGUUGAUGGCGGGUUGGCGAGGGGGUUGACUGACACUCUGGAAGAGGGGGAUGGGCAUGUUCAUGAUGAUAAGUGUGGACAUCAUGAUGACACAAAACACAAACAUAAGCAUGAUCAUCAGACGGAGGUGGAGGUGUUGAGUAUUGAGCUUAAGAGUGGCAACAAAGAGGCGGCAACAACGGUGGAUGCGAAAAAGUUGUUGGCUUUCUUGAGGAAUACGAGCAAGGACGAGGUGUAUAGGAUCAAGGCCGUGCUGACGGUUUCUGCAAAGGCUGCGACGUGGGAUGUGUUGAAGAACUCGGAUGAGGAUACAAAGGUGUCGAGACCAGCUAUGCUCGGUGGAGGCGAAGGUCAGACGGCAAGGUAUAUCCUCAACUGGGCGUUCGGAAGGUGGACGUUCACACAGGUGGCGGACGCGGUCAAGGAGCAUGAGUCCAGCAGUGAGGCGAUUCUGAGGAUGACCAUGAUUCUGGCCAGGUAUGAGAGCACCAAGUGGAAGAAGAGGUUGGAGGCUGGUGGGCUGUUGGAGCUGGAAGAGGAGGACGGGAAGGGUGAGUUGAGUGUUACCAAGGUCAACUAGGGGACGUGUUAUGAAUAAACGAUUAAUGGGAUCAGGAAUAGAAUAGAGGUCUCGUGAUAGGAGCAAUUAGAAGUAGACGGACGUCUCAUAGACACAUCGACAAACAUUUAAAAUGAUCAACAACC